CGCUGCUGCGGGAGCACCGGCGGCCCCGCCGCCUCCACUGCCGGGCGGAGCGGCCGGGCUGGGCCGGGCGCAGUGCUCUCCGGGCCGCUGUGCCGGCGUGAGGGGGAGGCGGAGGGUCUGGUCCCACCGCCAUCCUUCGCUUUUUGGCGAGGGACAAAUGGAGGCUCAGUGGCGUCAGGGCGGCCGGGGCCGCGGCCGCACCAGGCCCGGGGACGAGCUCGCCGCUCGCUCUGGGGCGGCCGCCCGGCCCCCGGCCGCGAGGGGCCGCGGCGGUGUCCGUGCUGCGGCAGCGGGGACCAUCGGCGAGGGGGCCAGCGAAUUAUCUUCACUGAAGAAAUUUGAUGAAAUUAAGAAAGCUAAUCAGGCUGCAGCAAAAAAGCUAAUUGAAGACCAAUUAAGCUCUUCAUCUGAAGAUGAUGAUGAAGAUGCUGAAGUGAAACAAGGGAAGAUUUUGGAUAAAACAUUUACCAUUUACACCAGUCAAACUGAUGGCGAUGCAAGUGAACUGGAACGUACGAGGCAGUACAUGAAUGAGGCUUUUCAGUCAGGGGCCAUGACAUGUCUCAUCUGCAUUGCUUCAGUUAAAAGGAACCAAGCUGUCUGGAGCUGUUGUGGAUGUUUUUGUAUAUUUCAUCUGGUGUGUAUCCAAAAGUGGGCCAAGGACAGCCUCUUCCUUGUAUCUUCUCCUUUGACGGAUGAUGAUUUUGGGAAGAAAGAUUAUCCCUGGCCAUGUCCAAAGUGUAGGUUUGAAUACAAACGCUCUGAAACUCCCAGUAAGUAUUACUGUUACUGUGGAAAAGUGGAGAAUCCAACAGUGGACCCAUGGCUGGUGCCUCACUCUUGUGGUCAAAUAUGUGAGAGGGAAUUCAAACCUUCCUGUGGUCAUAAAUGUUUGCUGCUUUGUCAUCCAGGACCAUGUCCACCUUGCCCAAAGAUGGUCACAACAACCUGUCACUGUAAGAAAGCCAAACCAGUGCCCCGAAGGUGCAGUGCCAAGGAGUGGUCUUGCCGCCUCCCGUGUGGACGAACAUUGCUGUGUGGACAACAUGCCUGUGAGAGUCCCUGUCAUGCAGGAGAUUGUCAGCCUUGUCCACGUGUCAGUGAACAGCGGUGUAUCUGUGGGAGACAAAUGGCAGAGAGGCUUUGUGCAAGUCCUCAGUGGCAGUGUGAUCAGGUGUGUGGGAAAUGUUUGCCAUGUGGUAAUCACACAUGUGAACAAGUUUGUCAUGCUGGUCCCUGUGGAGACUGUCCUCGUUCUGGGAAAAGGUCCUGUCCAUGUGGAAAAACAAAGUUUACAUUGCCUUGUACAGAAGAUGUGCCCACCUGUGGUGAUAGUUGUGACAAAGUUCUGGAAUGUGGCAUCCAUAAAUGUUCACAGCGCUGUCAUCGGGGUCCCUGUGAAAUAUGCAGACAGGAGGUUGAAAAGCAGUGUCGCUGUGGGAAGCACACGAAGCGUAUGCCGUGCCAUAAGCCAUAUCUGUGUGAGACAAAGUGUACUAAAAUCCGUGAUUGUCAGAAGCACCAGUGCCGGAGGAAAUGCUGUUCUGGAAACUGUCCACCUUGUGAUCAAGUCUGUGGGCGGACUCUCGGCUGCAGAAAUCACAAAUGUCCUUCAGGCUGCCACAGAGGUAGUUGUAAUCCAUGUCCGGAGACUGUGGAUGUGAAAUGCAAUUGUGGAAAAACUGUAAUUAAAGUGCCGUGUGGCAGAGAGCGUACCAUCAAACCUCCCAAAUGCAAGCAGCUCUGCAGUCGGCCACCUACCUGUCACCAUUCUACCCAGGAGAAACACUAUUGUCACUUUGGGCGGUGCCCUCCAUGUCGACAGCCCUGCCAGAAAACCUUAACGUGUGGUCAUUUGUGCCCUGUUUCCUGCCAUGAUGAAGCACUUGUGAAGCAAACUGGCUUACAUCAGUCUGCAGGGCCUUGGGAACAGCCAUCUGAGCCAGCCUUCAUACAGACUGCAUUACCGUGCCCUCCCUGUGAGGUUCCUAUACCAGUGGAGUGUCUUGGACAGCAUGAGGUUAGUCCGUUACCAUGUCACUCUGCAAAUCCCUACUCGUGUAAGAGAUUUUGUGGGCGGCUUCUUGAGUGUCAGAAUCAUACCUGUAUGAAAGAAUGUCAUCAUGUUACUAAACUGAGCAGUAGUGCAGAUGGAAAGAAGGCGGGUCCAGAAUGUUCACAGUGUGAAGAGGAGUGCACCAAGGCCCGGCCAGCUGGCUGUCCUCACCGAUGUGUUUUGCCCUGUCAUCCUGGGGAUUGCCCAUCAUGUCUCCAGAUGCUUAAAAUAAAGUGUCACUGCAAACUAUCAGUACUGUAUAUUGAAUGCUUAAAACUAACAUGUGCUGAUUUAAAAGAAAAGGAGCUUCUUAUUUCCUGCAGAAAUCAGUGUCCAAAAGAGUUGCCGUGUGGUCACCGGUGUAAAGAGAUUUGCCAUUCAGGUAGCUGUCCUCUUAACUGCAGCCAGAAGGUGAAACUCCGAUGUCUCUGUAAGAGACUGAAAAAGGAAGUACAGUGCAGCAAGAUACAAGAAGACCAGGUUUCACUGGAAUGCGAUGCAUUAUGCAAGGAAAUGAAGCGGAAAGCCAAUGAGAUAAAAGAAGCAGAAGCCAAAGCUGCUCUUGAAGAGGAGAAGCGAAGACAGCAGGCUGAACUGGAAGCUUUUGAAAACAGAUUAAAAGGGCGAAGGAAGAAUAAGAGAAGAAAGGAUGAGGUAGAAGUUGAACAAUCAUCGUGGCAAAAGUACAAGAACCUCAUUAUGCUGCCAGUGUUCGGAGUUGCUGUUGUGAUGGUCGCAUGGCUCAUGGUCUACAAUGACUGAAAACAACUCAAUAUUUAAUAUACCUCAGUUGGACUUUAGGGAGCUAUUAUUCCUAGAAUGUUAGUCUGUGUGUAACACAACUUAAUAAGCAUAGAAUUGUAUGUAUACUAUUUGCUAAGAAAAAUGCAGAGGAGGAAAGAAAUGUCACCUUUUGUGUUAUUAGAUAACAAAACUGAACUCAGACACUGAAACUAAUAGUAGAUUCUGGUCUACACUGAAGUGUUGAUAGUUUGACUGAGAUUUGUUAACAUCUCUUCUAUUAGUAAUGUUAUGUUUCCUUGUCUCCAUUUCAUAAUACUAGGAAUAGCUUAGUAUAAAAUGCUUUAUUGAAUUUAUGUUUCCUGUAAAAUCAGCUUAGUGGUUUAUUGAAGGUUAGUGUUCAUAAUGCUAAUCUUUGUUGUAUCAUAUGAUAAUUUCUGUGCUUCAUGCCAGUUUUAAUUAUGACAGCUAACAGGGAACCUUGGGUCACUUAGGUUUGAAUAUUCUGGAGCCUUGUUCAGAACUUUGUUCAGAUAAAGGAAAUGUGAGCUGUCUUUCAAUUUAGCUGUAUCACAGACAAAACAGUGCCCCCCUCCCCUUACAAACUGUGGGGUUUGCUUUUUUCAUUGUUUCACUCCACCCCUUCCCACCCUUGUUUCCUCAAAAUUGAAGUAACUGAAAAAUUCCAGUAAUGGUCAGAUACACAUGCUGAACAUGGAUGUGAAGAUUCAAGGCACAGGGGUGCAUUGUCACUGUUCCCCCAAUUGCCAGAAGCAGCAAAACAAUUUGAAAUUAAGAAUAUCAAUUGACUGUUCGUAUGGAUAAAUGUCAGAGUUGGAUAUUUGCAUAGGUGUGCAAAAUUGUAAUUGGAUAGUGUAACAAUCCAGUUAUAUGAUAUUCUAAAGCCA